AUGUCUAUCUCUAGUGAUAUAAAACUGCUUCGUGAGUUGAACAAGCAUCUAGAAACUACGACUGCAGCCAAAGAAGCUAAUGCAAUCGUUGGGAAGCAACUAGACGAGAAGCUCCGGAUGGCAGUACUUAAACCUCCACGUCGUCCUACAAUGUCAAUUGAGCGUCUAAAAGACGAGAUGGAGAAGAAAGAAUGGUAUCGUAAUACAACGUCCAUGUCUAGUGGAGAAGAGCGUGUGGUAUUACGUGAGCUGCAACAACUUAAGGACAAAGUUGCACAACAUAAAGUAGCUGACGACUAUCUGCUUUUACUUGACAAAAUGCGUACGAAGCGACAAGAACGUUAUGAGCAACAGAAAGAAUUGAAUGCGACAAUCCAUCAAGUACAGCAACGUAUACGUAAACUGAAACUUGCAGCGUAUUUGAAGAAACCUAUAAUCGAGAUGAGUACAAUUCAAGUGAUAGUUCCUGCUGAGAAAAUGGGUUUUGUGAUUGGAAAACAAUUUACGACGAUACAUCAAUUGGAACAAGAGUAUUCUGUGAUGCUUGAAGUCGACAAUAAACAGAAUAUUGUUACGAUUACGAGCGCCUUGGAACAAGUACAGGCAGCUAAGGAAGCGAUAGAGGACAUUAUACUUGCUACUAAUCAGUCGAUUGGACUACAUCCCAAUACGGUGAAAAUGCUGAUGCUCCAACAGGCCAAGCAUCUACAUGAGCUUGAGAAGUCAUUGAAGCUGAAAAUUGAUAUUAGCAAGACAGAGGGUAUUUUAACGGUCAUGGCCUCGCCUGAUAAGGUGAAGCAAUUAAAAAAGGCAAUUGACGAGCUGACAGCGAGCAAGGUUGAUAUUUUAUUGCCAGCCGAGAUUGUACCGAAGCUUAUUGGCAAGAAGGGCGAGACGAUCAACCGACUGAUGGAGGAGACUGGUGCUCUUGUGGACAUUGAUAAGGUGACCAGCAAUGUGAGGAUUGUUGGCUCGAUGGACAGUGUCGUUGGUGCGGAGAAGUUUGUUCGAAAGCUUAUCACUGAACAAUCUCAAUGCGAGAAGAACGUUACGUCUGAGAACAAGGAGCUGUUCAAAACGCCCGAGCUUAUGCAGUACAAGUUUGAGCUUUUCACAGAGUUUCUCAUAGCCAAUAAGGGGAAACAACUACGUUUGCUGCGCACCGACGCCUUGGAAGCUCGUAUGAAGGUGUUAAAGGCGGAACGUCGCAUUCAAGUGUUGGGUAACAUGAAGCAGAUUAAUGCUUUAGACAAUGCGCUUCGAGAACGUGUAAACGAGUUUGAGCGACACCAUUGGGUGCAUGAAGUGGCCGACAAUCAUUUACUUAGUCUUAUUGCUCGCAAGAAGAGAAGUAUGAUAGAGGAGAUUACAAAGGAAGUCAAGGGAAGCAGUGUGCGCAUUAGUAUCCAGGAUACAUGCGUGUGUGUGCUUGGUGAUGAUGAAAAAUCCAUUCGUAGUGCUAAAGCUAAGAUUCUGGAGACUGUUGGUAACAAUCAGCGCUCGGCCUUCGUAACGUCGCGUAGUUUAAUUGCAGUCUUAGUGGCGUCAAAGCGUGAAAAAUUGAAUGAAAUUGAGACUAGCAGCGGCUGCAAGCUGCACUUGCCCCCGCCACCACGCGAUGAGGCUACUCGAAGGGGCGACGACGAGUCUGCUAAAAUCAAGAUAUCGCUUACUGGUACAAUGGAAGCGAUCCAAAAGGCGAAGGAAAAGCUUGAGGAACUGGACAAAGAUCACCAUGUCCGAUAUCUGCCGCUGGACAAUGAUGAAGUGUCGACUGUGAUUGGUAAGAAGGGUGAAACUAUCGCCGAACUUAAAAUGAAGAGCGGGGCCAAGAUCCGCGUGCUGCAAGGAUUGGGCGACGAACCUCCUGAGUUGGAGAUGAUUGGCACAGAAGAACAGCUGGAAAUUGUGCAGACUGCCGUUCACGAGCUUUUGCAAACGCGAAACCGCCAGAUCUUACAGCUGGAUGCCUAUGCUGCUGGCUGGUUGAUCGGUAAACAAGGGGAACGCAUUAAGGCAAUGCGCCUUGCUCACCCGGACGCUACAUUAGAUGCAUUCCCGAAACAUGGGCAAGUUUGUGUUAAAGCAUCAUCGCCUGAGGCCCUCCGGACAUGUGUUGAUGAUGUGCUCAAGACGCUGCGAGAAACUCAUGCAAUCGAGAGCGUUCACGUCUCUCGGCAGGAUCAGCAAGCAACUGCAGGUGCUACUGACCCAACCUUAACAAACUUCAGCUUCCUUUUGGAGAAGUAUGAGUCAAUCGCAAUGCGUCUGCAGGAGUUGGAGGCUGAGGGUGGUGAAGGCAUGCGAGUGUCCUUCCAGGAUGACGGCAAGGUGGCUAAGAUUCGUGGUCCUGCUUUGGGGAUUGGCAAGAUUAAGGAAUUCUUGGAGAUGUUGGUGUCACCAGACCCGCACUUUGUAGAAACCAUUUCACUGCCUUCGAUAACGUUUGCCAAUGCUAUCGAGGUCAAGGGCGAAAGCGCUAAGCUUAAUGCGAACGCCUUGCGAAUCUGUAAGCAAACUGGGUGCGAUAUCCGCGUUAAGCGCACUCGUAUGGCGUCAAGUGCUUGUGGAGAAGGCACUAUUUUCAUUGAAGGCACAAAUGCUGGCAAGGUGUACAUGGCUAAAAGUGACGUUGAGAAGAUGAUUCAGUUUCACUACACGGACUGUUUCCAGACACUAGAAGAUUUGCCUCCGUUUAUUAUGACACGUAUGUAUGAGCUGCUGCCUUCUCUUCGCGCUACAUACAAAGUCGUGUUCUUGAUGCCUACUAAGACGAGCCUCAAAGUUUUUGCGGAUUCUAAAGAACAUGCUCAGGAGAUCAUAGAGCAGUUGAAGAAGGACGUCGAGGCCUGGAAGCAGCAGCAUAUUGAAAUACCUGUAGCUGGUUGGCUUGUGCCGAUCUUGAUUGGCCGUAACGGGGAGACUGUCAGGAAGAUUAGAUCGGAAAGCAAUGCUCGGUUGUAUUUGAGCACACCAUCGCCAUCGGCUUCGCCUUAUGAAGAUCGUGUACUCACGAUCAGCUCAAGUGAUGACGCAGUGAUUAAGGUUGCGACCGAAAAGGUGGAGGAAUUGCUUACUCACCACCAGAACAUGUCUUCUGUUGUGGAUGUUAGCAAAAACAAGCUUGAUGUGGCGUUAUCCGUCAAGAAAGACGCUGUAAAAGGUGUUCGGUUUCACGUUAUCAACGGCAAGGAGGACGAUAAAGUGCAGAUUGUUAUCUACGGUGAUGACUACGAUGAACGCGAGCGUAUUGUGGAAAAGAUUGAGCAUCUUAUGGACAUUUUUGCGGUGGAUACGAUUGCUUUUCCCACCACUGUCUCACCUGCAUGUGCGAGCUCCAUAAUCGCGUCUCUGAUUGGAAAGAGUGGCGCAAACAUACUUGCCGUACAGAAGCAAUUCAAGGAUGUGAAGAUUGAUAUUCGUCGUGGCGAUAACUCCAUUACACUCAAGGGCCCUGCAGAUGAAGUUCGAAAGGUUCGCACUUACAUGGAGGACAAGAUCCAGGAGUUGCUGCGCAGCGAGGACGAGUUUCAGCAGCGCCGUAAUGCUCGUUACCAGCAAACGUUGAAGGAGCAUCAGGACGACGAGAACAAGACGAGCUCAGCGCGUGACGCAGAAGUCAGCGACGAAACUCUGCUACCACAACAGUGCAAGCCCGUUAAGAAAGUGGGUCCCGUUGGUAGCACUCCUGCUCUGAUAGAGGUCAGACUGACCAAGAACCAGCGUCGACGCAUGCGUAAGCGCGCUGAGAAUGAGAAGUAA